AGCGCCGCGGAAGGAUCCCACGCACGCGCGCGCGCACGUCCGCCGUGGCCGCGGAGAACUGAGGGUGUCGCGGUGAGGAGCAGCUGCUGCUGCCAGCACUGCCGCUCCGCAGCCUUCCCAGCUGGUCAGUCAGCCCCGGGGCUGCGGGCGGGCGGCCGAGCUGGGCGCGCUCCGCGGCUUGUCCCUCACCGCCGUACCCGCGUCCUCGCGCCGCAGCUCCUCGGGGAGGGGGGCGGUCGGUGCCUGCGCAGAGCCGCCUCCUCCCCGCCCCCGCCCCGCCUCCCCCCGCGCCGUCGCCGCCCGCUACCGCCGCCGCCGCUGCGCCUGCUGCUCCUCGCCGUCCCCGCUGCAGUGCGAAGGGCUCGAAGAUGGCCGGUUGGCAGAGCUACGUGGAUAACCUGAUGUGCGAUGGCUGCUGCCAGGAGGCCGCCAUUGUCGGCUACUGCGACGCCAAAUACGUCUGGGCAGCCACGGCCGGGGGCGUCUUCCAGAGCAUUACGCCAAUAGAAAUAGAUAUGAUUGUAGGAAAAGACCGGGAAGGUUUCUUUACCAACGGUUUAACUCUUGGCGCAAAGAAGUGCUCAGUGAUCAGAGAUAGUCUAUAUGUCGAUGGUGACUGCACAAUGGACAUCCGGACAAAGAGUCAAGGUGGGGAGCCAACAUACAACGUUGCUGUUGGCAGAGCUGGUAGAGUCUUGGUCUUUGUAAUGGGAAAAGAAGGGGUCCAUGGAGGCGGAUUGAAUAAGAAGGCAUACUCAAUGGCAAAAUACUUGAGAGACUCUGGGUUCUAGCUGCUAGGCAGACUGUUAAGUAUUAGGGGAAAAUUGCUCUUAAACUUUCCUAGCCGUAAGCUUAAGUCUUAAUUCUGGAAAUUUUAUUAGCAAUGCAGGGUGAUGGGGUAUGAACCUGUGUCUCCUUUGUAUCCCUCUGUUGGUGGGGAAAGGUGUCUUUCUUUCUGCCCUCCCCCCCUUAAAUAAUUCUGUUCACUUUUGUUUUGUUUCCCUGUGUACUCCAGCAUUGGUUAUAGUCAUGGGAAAGGAAGGUGUCCACGGAGGCACACUUAACAAGAAAGCAUAUGAACUCGCUUUAUACCUGAGGAGGUCUGAUGUGUAAGCAGCCUCUCCCCAUCUACCUAGCAACUGUCUUCAUCACCACCCCAAUUAUGGUCACAGUGCUACCAAACUAUAGAUGGUAGCUAAUUUUUCUUUACCUAUUUUCUAAUGUCAUGAUUCCUGUUUGCCCAAUGGAUCAUUUGUAUGUUAACAACUGUAUGUAACCAACCCUUAUCUGGCAACAUAAUUGCAGCACAACAAUGAUUUGCAUGAUACCUUGAAAUUGGGGGGAGGGGGCAUGCCAAGUUGGGCAUCACUUUGUCUUAGCAAUUAAUGGGAUAUUGAUUACUAAAAUAAGUUAAUAUUAAGCAAGGUGCCGGUUGUACAAUCUCUAAUUUGAUCAAUGUCUCUUCAGCACUUUGAGCAUUUACUUGGCUCAUUUAGUCUUCCUUUUGUAGCGCAUGGUUGGGAGGAAAAAGUGCAUGCAUCUUUACUUCACUCCUCUCUUUUUCCCGCCCCCUCCCUUUGCACAUAAGCAUUUGGUUUGCUUCCACCUUCUUUUAUGCAGUGCUUGGUUUAUUUUACCAAUUAAUAUCCCUUUUGUUGAUGAGCUAUUGAGAGCUGCAGUAGUUUGCUUUUGGUAUUGUUGUUGCACUUGGCUAGAGACAAACCUUUUUUCAUCGUGUCAAUAAGACAUAUGAAGAGUGCAAUGGCAAAACAAGAGCAAAAAGCACUUCCUCCCAUGACCUUAUGGUAACCAUACUGAUUGAAUCCCCAGGGACAUUCCAUCAUUGCAAUAGCUCAGAUUUUUGUUCCUGUCUUUUUCUUUGCACACCAGCUCUACUCUUAGUAAAACUGUAAAAGGCUGCCAUUAUGGACAUUAGGUAUCCCAACAUAACCAUCUGGAGUGUGUCCAGUUUGUUCUUCAUAGGACCAAUUUUUAUUUGCAGCUUGAGUUUUUAUAUGAAGUUGCAUUAUUGUGGACUUGGCUGUCUUGUGAUGAAUUUUUUUCAUAUGUAUUCUGUGCCAUACUAUUGUUAAAAUGAACUGUUGCUAUUGUGAGAUGGAUUUUAACUGACCUAUUAAGGGUUUCUUUCGAAUGGCACUACUUAGGGACAUUCUAGUAUUUGCUUCUAUUGUUUGGGCCUUGUGGAUAAUGUACAGAUUUAAAAACAAAUCUUGUUGCUGAUUUGUCCAUUUCUUUCCCUGCACUUUGUUACAUCUGGGAUACAGUCUAACUCAUCUGAUUUAAUAUGCAUUUAAAAAAAUGCCAUAACUAUUAAACACCUUGUUUACAGACAGAUGAAAUAAAUUUAUUCCAACCAAA